UUCCUCACGGUUCACGCUUGCGCAGGAAAGCUGAUGCCGGGGGUGGGGCAGGUUCAGGGAGGAAAAAGGGUUGGAUCAGGCGGAAGGCAACCAUAGAGUUCGGACUUGUCCCGCUCCCAGCGUAGAGCGGCCCCUAGAGUGGUGGGGUGAGCUGCUCGCAGAGGGGGGCUUGUCGGGGCGGGGGUGGGGGUCUUUUUGACUACAGGCCGCCGGCAGGAUCAUGGCGACCAGGAACCCCCGUCCCACAGAACAUGACAGUGAUGAUGACUCUUAUGAAGUAUUGGAUUUAACAGAAUAUGCAAGAAGACACCACUGGUGGAAUCGUGUAUUUGGCCACAGUUCUGGACCUAUUGUAGAGAAAUAUUCUGUAGCUACUCAGAUUGUAAUGGGUGGAGUUACUGGAUGGUGUGCAGGAUUUUUGUUCCAGAAAGUUGGAAAACUUGCAGCAACUGCUGUGGGCGGUGGCUUUCUUCUCUUGCAGAUUGCCAGUCACAGUGGCUAUGUGCAAGUUGACUGGAAGAGAGUUGAAAAAGAUGUCAACAAAGCAAAAAGACAGAUUAAAAAAAGAGCAAAUAAAGCUGCACCUGAAAUCAAUACUAUCAUUGAAGAGUCAACAGAAUUUAUCAAACAGAACAUAGUGGUAUCCAGCGGAUUUGUGGGAGGCUUCUUGCUAGGCCUUGCAUCAUAAGGACAUGAAUAUUGCUGCCUUGAUGGAUUAAUUAACAACAAAAAUAUUGGUGACAGUGUGCUUUCUUGCAAAGUAAUGCUGGGCACCAGAUUCUUCUGGAUGAGAAGACUAAUUAGUUGGACAACAAUGAAACUUUCACUUUUACACUUUAGGCUUUUGCCUUUUGAAGCUUGGCAAACUAGGAUUUGCUAGAAAAAACAAAACUGUGCAGUAUAUAUAUAUAUAUAUAUAUCGCAUUUCUGGACAAAACCUGGCUAAACUUUCAUCAUGAUUUUUUAACCCUGUGCCUGUUCAGAAAUUAGCAUUUUUAAUGUAACUGUUGGUAUAGAUAUGUAAUUGUCUCGGGAAAAGGACCUUUUAUUUGACAUUUUCCUCAUUGAAUUGCUAUUUUUUUCUUUAUUUAAUAAAGCAUUCUCCAUUGUGCUGUAGAAUAAAUAGUGCCAAUAAUAUGUAUUAUAGUUUGAAUAUCAACAGAUAAGAAAUCUGUUUGCAAUAAACUAGAAUUGUAAUGUACUUUUAUGGAAAGAUUAGAAAUACUUAUUAGAGAUAUUAAAAACUAAUUAAAGAUUU